CCAUCAUCGCGCUUGUGUUUAAGAGGCAGGCAGUGAAACUACAGACAUAAAUCACAUAAACUGAUUGCUGACAGAGACGGACCUCUGGUGCUGCUGAGGGACAAAAUGUGGCUUCGAGACGAACUUUUGAAAUCCAUUUGGCACGCGUUCACAGCCCUGGACGUGGAUCAACGUGGAAAAGUUUCCAAAUCUCAGUUAAAGGUGCUGUCCCACAGCCUGUGCACAGUAAUGAAGAUCCCUCAUGACCCUGUGGCCCUUGAAGAGCAUUUCAAAGAUGAUAAUAAAGGGCCUCUGUCCAACCAGGGCUACAUGCCUUACCUCAACAGGUUUAUUCUUGACAAGGUACAGGAGGAAUUUGAUGUACUGGAGUUCAACAAGAUGUGCUGGACACUUUGUUACAAGAAAAAUAUCUGCACUAAACAUCUACUCAUCUCAGAUCAGGAGGCUUUCAAAGUCUGGUGCAUUUUCAACUUUCUGUCAGAAGACAAAUACCCACUCGUCAUCAUUACUGAAGAGGUGAGGAAGAUCCUUACAGUUGUUUUCUGUGUUCUGUGUGAGUUUUUACCUAUUGAGUACUUCCUGCGAAAGCUGAUGGAGGCCAUGGGGAGCGGAUGGGAUGAGGAAAAGUUUGCAGAUUACAAGCUGCAGCUGAACACAAAGAAUAAUUGCCUGAGUGCCUGGGAGCUGAUUGAACUGGUGGGGAUGGGUUACUUCAGCAAGGGGAUGAACUGCCAGACCCUGUCCAUGGGCAUCAUGGAGGUCUUCCAGGAACUCAUACUGGAUGUGCUCAAGCAGGGAUACAUGAUGAAAAAGGGCCACAAAAGAAAGAACUGGACCGAGCGCUGGUUUGUCCUUCGACCCACUUCACUGUCAUACUACGUCUGUGAGGACCAAGUGGAGAAGAAAGGAGACAUUAUUUUGGACCGAACCUGCUGUGUGGAGUCUCUGCCAGAUAAAGAAGGGAAGAAAAACCUGUUCAUUAUCAAGUGCAUUGAUAAAAGCUUUGAGAUCAGCGCAUCAGAUAAAAAGAAGAAGCAGGAAUGGCUUCAAGCUAUUCAAACGUGCAUCCAGCUGCUGAGGUUGGGGCUGCCGUCUCCUCACCGCGAGGCGCGGCUGAGGCGCAGGGAGCACCGGCAGAGGCAGCAGUCGGAGGAGGACGACCUGGCAGAGAGGAUGAAGCACCUCCAGGCGGCCAAUGAGAACAAACAGAGACAGCUGGAGGGUAUGAGGAAGAAAAUGGAAGAGGCUGCGGCUAAAGCAGCAGUAGAGGAGCACAGGAGGAAGCAGACUCAGUUAGACUUGCAGGAUCGCUACAGACUGGACCUGGAGAAAGAGAAAAUGGUGCGUCAGCAGAUGGAGGAGCAGGUGGCUCAGAAGUCCAGUGAACUGGAGCAGUACCUGCAGCGCGUCCGGGAGCUGGAGGAUAUGUACCACAGGCUGGAGGAGGCAUUAGAGGAUGAGAGGCAGGCCAAGCAGGAUGAGGAGGUCGUGCUCAAGCUGCAGGCCAGGUUGCUGGAAGAGGAGGCAGCAAAGAGAGCAGAGUUGGAGCAGAUCCACCUGCAGCAGCAGAGGGCGCUGUCUCAGACUGAGGCCGAGAAGCAGGAGCUGGUCGCCGAGCAGCUGGCCAAGGAGAGAGCCCUGCAGGCAGCCAUGCUGCAGCUGGAGAGGAUGGAGAGGGAGCGCCACGGAGCACUGGAGCAGUACGAGAAGGUGUCAAAGAAGCUUGAACGAGCAGCUAACAAGACCAAGACCUGGAAGGACAAGGUGGCCAAACAUGAGGGGCUGGUGCGUCUCAUCCAGCCAGGUCCUAAAGGACCUCAGAGGAUCACUAACUGGGGUCCGGCUUCAUUCACCGACGCUGAGCUGGAGCUGAGGAAGAAGUCGUGGCAGGAGAGUAAGAACCAGGGGGCUCAGGCUCAGUAAAACACGCACCAUGACAUAUGGAUUACACCAAUGAGGAAGACUCUGAACUGUCACAUUCAAGGUCUGAAGAGGUUUGAUAAUAUAAACGUACUGAGCCACAUGACAGCUGCAGAGAAAACUGUUUUACUGAUUAGAUUUGGGUUCGUUUUUAAAGAACAGCUGGGAUUGACUGCCUUUCAUCAGUGUCUUCUGUAAUACAAAAUCGUAUUAUUUGACAAAAUAAUCUUAAAUCAAGGUCCAUUACUUGCUUUUCUUAGCGUAUGCAGUUUGCUCAGCUGUCUUGGUGAUGAUGAGAUGUGAUUGAAAGCGCCGGGAAAAAAUUAUGAGAUUUUUUCAUCAUAUUUCAGUCAUAUUUUAUGAAAAAUGUAUUCUCAUUCAAUUUUUGUUUUGUUCAGUCGAGUUUUUUAUUUUGUAAUUUCAGUCCGUCCUUUUUGACUUCCUGUGUUUAAUUAAACUGCUUUGCAGUUUUUUCAUGUUUUUGUGUUUUGAUAUAAAUGUGUCAUUUACUGACAUCCAGCAGAGUAUAACAGUAGAUUAAUUUCCACUCUAGCUUGGUUUAUUAGCUAAAAUUGAGUGAAUACAGUCAUAACUCUGAUGAUAAAAAUAAAUAAAACACCACCUAUUUUUAUGAAA